CCCAGGCUGUUUACCCGCAGGACGGAGCCCGGCGACUGCGGCGGACAGAGCGGCGCCGCUAGGGGUCUCGAGGAGCAAUGGCCACAGAAGCCCCUGUGAAUAUAGCCCCCCCUGAAUGCAGCACUGUUGUCAGCACAGCAGCUGACAGCUUCAUUUGGCAGCCAGACUCACUAAACAUGCACGUCACAAGGCCCAAGUCCGCCAAGGGACGUACUCGGCCAAGUCUGCAUAAGCCCGCAGGCACGGAGGGAUGCUACAGCCUCACACCAUCUUCACCUCCAGCCAUUCCCUGCGAGUCGCCGAGCAGCCAGAAACUGGGAGCCUGCACACCCAAAUCUCCAAAUCAGGGAGCCCCCGAUGAGAUCCCACAGCUGCUGCAGCAGGUGCCCAUAGGGGCAUCCUCUUCCCUCAAUAAAUACCCAGUCCUUCCUUCCAUCAACAGGAAGACCCUGGAGGAGGGGGCCCUGGAAACAGCUGCUAAAAAGGCUGGUUCCCUGCAGCUGAGCAGUACCCAGGCUCUUUACCAAGCAGAGACCUGCACCGUGAAGACGAGUGAAGAAGAUUCCCGAGCUCAACCUUGUUCCCCGGAGAGGAAAUUCAUCGUGCGGACCAAGAGACAAAGCUCCUACAGGGCCAGAGACCUGGAGGAGCCGUCAGAUCAAGAGCCAAGCCUGCUGCUUGCUGUCAGAUCACCAUCAGGACGAAGGUUUGUCCACCAUUUCCGGCCAACUGAUGACUUACACACCGUUGUCGCCGUGGCCGAACACAAGAACAAGGCCACCUACCGACACUGCAGCAUUGAAACGAUGGAGGUGCCCAGCAGACAUUUCUCUGACCUCACCAAGUCUCUGCAGGAGUGCGGAAUCCUCCACAAGUCGGUGCUGGGCAUCUCACAGGAAGACGGGGAGGGAUGGCCCUGAGUCCGCAGCCACCCAGCUGGGGUCCUGGGUCUCUGAGCAAGGAGCAUGCUUGGGUGCCACGGCCUCCCAGGCAGCUUGGUUCCAAGUGCCAUGUGAAUCUGGUGCAGCUGUGACUCUUGGGACACUCACCCUCAGAGCAUCUUCUUUGAAGCAGUGAAAUCUACAUAGGCACCACAUGCGUUAAGAGGAUUCUCUUCCAGUUGUUAAAUUCUCUCCACCACGGGAGUGAACUGGCAAGUGACCAAGGCUGUUCCUGGAACAGCUGUGACCAGGCCUUCUCCUUUUCUCCUUGGGUCCUUUCUGAAGCACCUGCUUACCUUUGUAAUGAACUUGCACUCUCUUGAAGCCAAUGGUUUGCCUUUCUG